CCCGGCUGUACCCUUCACUCUCACUCCCUCACUGGAGGCCAAGUCCCCCCAGCUCCGAGACGUGUUUUGUAGAGGAGAUCUUGAGUGACUCCAGGUGUUUUCUCUUCGGUGCACUGGGAUUUCAAAACGGGGCAACCUUUAACCCAACACCAACUACAGAAAGGCUUCCUGCCCCCACACAUUAUCCCCAGAGUUCUCUGAGCCACAGAAAGGACUGCUGACCAUGGACUGCAGAGGCCCGCUGGCCACAUUGCCUGGGUGGCUGUUGCUACUGCUGCUGCUGCUUCCACCUCCCGGCCACCAGGGACUGGCCCUGAGACAGGGUCUCUCCACUCAGAGGAUACAGGACCUCCCUUCUGUGCACCUCAGCAACGGCUCAGGAGGAGAGCCUGUCACUGUCAUGACCUUCAACUUUACCAAGAUCAAGAAAAGCUCUUCCUCCUUUGAGCUUCGAACCUGGGAUCCAGAGGGAGUGAUUUUUUAUGGCGAUACCAACUCAAAGGAUGACUGGUUUGUGCUAGGACUUCGAGAUGGCAGGCCUGAGAUCCAAAUGCACAAUCACUUGGCCCAGCUUACCGUGGGUGCUGGGCCUCGGCUAGAUGAUGGCACGUGGCAUCAGGUGGAAGUGAAGAUCCUUGAGGAUUCACUGCUAUUGACUGUGGAUGGGGAGGAGGUGCUGCGCCUGAGACAGGUCUCUGGGCCUCCAGCCACCAACACACCCCAGCCCAUCAUCAGAAUUGCACUGGGGGGACUGCUGUUUCCCAUCUCCAACCUCCGUUUGCCGCUGGUCCCUGCCCUGGAUGGCUGUGUGCGCCAGGGUAAUUGGCUGGACCCACAGGCCCAGACCUCAGAGUCUACCCCUGCUAGUAGCCUCAGAAGCUGUGCUGUCCAGUCCCAACCUGGGACAUUCUUCCCUCCAGGAACUCGUGCAGAAUUCAGUCUCCAAGACAUUCCCCAGCCUCACGCAGAGCCCUGGGCCUUCUCUCUGGACUUGGGACUCCAGCUGGCAGCAGGUUCCGGCCACCUCCUUGCCCUGGGGACCCCAGAAAACCCUUCCUGGCUCAGCCUCUACCUCCAAGACCAAAAGAUGGUGCUGUCCUCUGGGUUGGGGCUGGAGCUGGAUCUGCCCUUGGUCUUGGGACUCCCUCUUCAGCUGAAGCUGGCUGUGUCCAGGGUGGUCUUGACCCAGGGUUAUAAGAAGGAGAUCCUUGCUCUGCCUGCUUUGCACCUUGGCUUCCUCCUCAACUUGUGGGCCCAGCCCCAGGGGCUCCUAUUCCUGGGAGCUCUGCCAGGAGAGGCUUCUUCUGCCUCCUUUUGCUUGGAUGGCCUUUGGGCACAAGGCCAGAAGCUGGACAUGGACCGGGCCCUUAGACGAAGUCAGGACAUCUGGACUCACAGCUGUCCCCAGAUCCCAAGCAAUGGCACUGACACCAUCCAUUAAAUCCCCACCUACGAAUCCCCUUGAACAUCGCUCAUUCAUUUAUUCAACAAGUAUUAGCUGUGCAUCUGCAACUUUGUCGCUGUGCUGAGCAGUGGGUCCUAUUGAUGAGUAAAACCAACCGUGGUGCUCCCAGUCCCCUGGGGGAGGCAGUCAUUCAGCAAAGACCAAGGCAUAAGUGGAUGAUUGGAAAGUGAUGAGCACCAUAAAGGAAAUCAUCAUGAAAGCUUGGGACCCUAACCUAGUCUGGGGGUUCAGGGCUAGGGAGGAAGCUGUGACUUCUCAGGCUGAGAUUCCAGCAGCACCCACUCACCCCCCCCACACACACACACUUCAGUGCAGGUCACUUUCUGGGAACCAGGAGCCCACCCACUUCCCGGGCAUUUCCUCCCUGUAUAACUUCAGCCUUCUCCCAGCCCAGGGGUUCCUGAGGGGUCUGGAGGGAAGGAAAGCAGUGAAAUUCUGUUGUCCCUUCGAUGGGCCACUGCUGUGCAAGGAAGGGACAGCAGGGGGUGUGAGAGAGCCACUGAGAGAGAGGGCAGGGGUUCUGGGAAAGAGGGUGGGAGCAGCUGGGAGAAAAGAAAAAAGGAGUCCUAGCAGAGGAAGAAGCAGUCUGCAUCUCUUCCAGUCUUGGUCUACUUGCAGCAUUCCUAGAUGAAUUCAUCUCUACUCCAUUAAACAAAGAGCUGGUUUAGGCUGGUCCCAGCUGGAAGAAACAGAGUCAGGAAUAUCUCUGCCCUCAAAGAAUAUGGUAACUCAGCCCUCAGCCCCCCAGACCUCUGCAGAAUCCCAGUGCCCCAGCCCCUACUUGGGGCACCCUCCUGUCUCAGCCCCUUGCUUCCUGGGAAAACUUCAGACCCUCUCUAGGGCUGUUAACCCACCCCCCAUCUCCAAAACCCAUAGGGAUCCCCACCUCCUGGCUUCUUAAAAUGAUUUUUCUCCCAGUCACCCCCAGCAACAGGGUGAGUCACUCAUUGGCCCUGCUGUCCCGUUCUGCAGGGAUCAGCCAGGACCUAAAUGACCCCUGGAUGAGGAGGCUCCAGGAGAGGCUCUGGGGUGGAAGAAACAAAGCCUAGGCUUCUCCUUGGACCCUCCCAAUCUUGAGGUUGCUGGUCUACCGAUGCUUCCAGCAGGUGGAGUGUUGUGGAGAGUCCUCAGCAUGGUCAGGAAGCCCAGAUUCAACUCCCUGAGCAAUGUUUGGGGUCUGCCUGGGCCAUUGGAUAUGUCCAUUCAGCGGGUAUUUACUGAGCACCUACUGUGUGCCAGGCACUAUUUUAGACACUGACAACACAUGGAUGAAAAAGACACAAUCUCGGGAUCCCUGGGUGGUGCAGCGGUUUGGCGCCUGCCUUUGGCCCAGGGCGCGAUCCUGGAGUCCCGGGAUCGAAUCCCAUGUCAGGCUCCGGUGCAUGGAGCCUGCUUCUCCCUCUGCCUAUGUCUCUGCCUCUCUCUCUCUCUCUCUC